AUGAAACCUGUUGAUCCUCAAAUACAACAACUGUCUACACCAAGAAAGCUGGCUGCUAUGUCGGAAUUAAGGAAAGAAUCAGCGCCUAAGAAUGGCAGUGUAUCAUCACAGACUCACAAUGAUCUGUUAGCCAACGAAAAAACUGAGGAAAGCGUGAGAAAUGCUCCAACAGUUGGCAAAAAUGAACCUCAAAUAACCACACUGAUUGCUGAUGAAAAUAAGCUAACACCAUUGAAAUCUCCUUUAAACAAACCAAAUCAUGCCAGGAGAUUUUCCCGAAGUGGUUUUAAUUUGGGUAUUACAAUAACAGAUUCCGGUCCAAAUAGUGCCCUCACAACUCCAGAUCAAAACAAAGUAGUCUCAUCUCCGUUGAUGAGAUCUUCAUCUCAGCAUCAGAAAAGAAGCAUUUCUGCAGUGCCCUCCCCAGUUAUAGGUAACCAUGUUAUACAACAGAGACAUUCUGUCAGCGCAAACAACUCUCCGGUGAUAUCCAAUGGGUUUCCCUCAGGCCACCAAAACAGAUCCUUUGGCCUUAAAAGAUCCACUUCGAUGUAUCACAACCCUUCUAAGCUGUAUCAUCACCAACCAUCUGCAUCCACAUCCACAUCUUCUACAGGAGCAAGUAAUCUCAGGAAACUGAGAGGUCUUGGAAGAUCUUUGUCAAUAUCGUCUUCCAUGUCCCAAAUAUCGUGCGAUAAUCCCCAAAGACCCGCUGAUAUCGACACUGACCAUACGUCCAUACUAAACUCUUCUACAAUCAAUGAUACCGAAUCAGAACAUACCGUUCCUCCUUCAAGACACUCGCUCCUCUCUCCAGAUCCAGUUGAUGAAACUACUGAAAAAUUGCGGCUUUUGGCAUUGAAGGAAAUGAGGGUUGUUGAGUUGAAGGAUGAAAUUAAGAAUUUGACCUCUCUAUUACAAACUGAAAUGAAGGAAUUACAUGAACUCAGACAGUUUGUUCAAAAAUCUUUAUAUAAUAAUUUGGGAAGCUCUAAUAAUAAGCUACACACUCAUGCUCAAAGCGGGCAAUCCACUGGCACCAACAAAAAUAACUUAUCACCACAAAAUUCUGCUAUAACUAAUAGUAGAAACAGAGCCAAUAGUUUAUUGGGUGGUAUAUUGGGUGCAACCAUUUCUUCGUCCACAGAGGGAUCAGUCGAUGAUAACGCCUCAGAGGAUCAAAAUGGAUCCAGGAAUGGUAAUAGUAGUCCUUCAAAUAAGCGGAUGUCUUCUGUUUGGGACAGUAUUUCUAAGCCACUCAAUUUAUUCUCUCAGUUUGAUAACAUGUUGCAAUCCGAGUUUGAAAAAAUUUCAAACGGUGGGGUGAUUAACGGAGGAGCGGGCUCAGGAUUAACUGGAGUUGCUUCGCCUUUGUCAGCCAAAGAAGUGAGAGAAAAGUGCUCUCCAACCAAACAAAGAGACAUGAUGAAUGAAAUAGAUGAAUAUGGAGGGGAUAAUGAUGCAGAUGAUGAUGACUUCUUCAAAUGGGAUGAUGAUUUUGAUGACAAUGCGGCUCAUAACACACCUUCCAAACCUGAGCGUCAGAAAUCAUCCUCGCUUCAAAGAAGCUCAUCGCUUGUGUUAUCAAAGAACAAGUCGGAGAAAACUGCAAGUGGCUUAAAGCUCAGCAAGAAUCCUUCUUAUAGAAAGUCCAUUAACAUGAAAGACCAUAAAAUCAUUAUCCCUAAAAGAUCAAAUAAUAGUAAUUCUUCUGCCUCUAGCAGGAACUUCAAGGAAUUAUUUGAUGAUGGGAAUAAUGGUGCUGCUGGAAAUGGGAUAAAUAACCCAAUCAUCGAUUUGGCUAGUAGUAAACCAUCUUUGAAUCCUACGAAGGACCCAAAUGAAGUUUUACAAACUGUCUCCUCUUCGCUUUGGAACUUCUACUCUGAUGUAAAGGAUGGUUUGCUCCUUUCUAUUGAAGAAGAAGAACAACGUGUAAAUAAGAAUGAUAACAGGCGCUCUGUGGGAAAUUUUGAACAGAAGAACUCUUCGGUCAAUAACCUAAUUGAUUUGGAUAGUAGCCCAGAAAAAUUCAAGGAUAGUUUUCAUUCUCCAGAGAAUUCUGGAAGACUCAAAAAAGACAGUUGA